UAAGUGCACAUUAGGGAUAAAAACAAUUCGGUAAUCCUCAUUUCGUUUUUUUAUACUCUUCCUCACCUUUUGCGACAUGCACGAAUUCCUUUGUUCUUACAUAAAAACAUAAAAACACGAAUCUUAAUCUUCUUUCUAGAGUAUCGUGACAGAUAUAAAUUGCAUGACAAGUUCAUAGUUAAUGCACCUCAUGCCUGUUACAUAUUCAAACUUCAUUUCCGCUGAGACAAUUGAUUUCAUUGCGGGUGGGAACAUGUAAGGAAACUAUUCAGAUAUUAUACACUCGCGAUGGACAUGUAGUCUAUAUAAAGCGGAUAUAUUUAGGCAGAUUUUCAUAUAGAGAAUCUUUGUCGUGUAUGGUGAGGUGGUGUAUAAAAGCCUUACUAUAGUUGAACUGAGCUUAAAUUGAUUUUUGGGGGAUUCGAGGAACGAGAUUGUAUUAAAAACAUAGAAGAUUAGAUUAGGAGGUAAUAAAGUGAUAUAACGGUUUAUGGUUUUGACUUCAGCAUCAGUGUUUGUGAUAAUCAACGAUUGUAAAAGAUGAAGAAAUAUUAUUACGAGGAUCUCACAGCGAUGUCUGAACCAGCGAGGGAAAUGUGGAUGUGCGACCAAUGUUCGGAAUUUGGAAAAGAGAUUGAAAAUCUGAUGACAGGCAGAGAGAAAGAAAGUUUUACAGAGGAAAUGUAUCGUAAACUACGCCAGGUAACGAAACGUUGGACAUCCUGGCAUCACAAGACUUUUGGGAAUGUCACCUCAAGACAGUCUGUCGCGGAACUGUUAGCCUGGGAACAAAGUACAACUUUACUCAUCAAUCCUGUCAUUAAGACCAGAACCAUCACUCAGGAAGAAAAUAUCCUCGUGAGAUUCAACGAACUGUGCGAAAAGCUGGAACAACUCCAUCAGAGCUUCACAGACGAUAUUCUUGAACCGAUGUGUGAAUUCUUCUGGCCAUCAUCACAGAAGCUAAAACUCACGAAUGUUGUUGAGAAUCUUAAAACUUUGCUUUCACAAUGGAAGGGAUUACUCGGUCCAGGCACGAUAGAUCAAUCGCUGUUCUCCGAACCUAGCUCGAAACAUCUCCACACUUGCACCUUAAGAGGACGAAGCUACGAUUACGAUUCGGUGAUAAGACUUAUCCCAGAUAUUCUCCAGAAAGCCACACUUGCUCUGACAGUCGUCCGUAAGUGGAGAGUGCUGUAUAAACAGGGUUGUCUUUCGAGGCAGAAAACCUACAGUUUGAUGGGAUCCACACGCUUUAGCACGAAAUCAAAGUCCGCAUCUCAGGAAAAGUUGGGCAUAUUGGAACAGCAAUCGGACGAAGUACAAAACCGUUGCGAUAACUUGAGAAACGAACUUGAAAACUGCCGUGAAAGGUGCCAUGAUUUAGAGAAAGAUUUACACGCUCAUGUUGAACUUUGUGACCGCUUGGAAAUCGAAAUCGAGAAAGCCAAAGAAGCUUGUGAUGUAGGUAAAGAAAGGCUGGAUGGGGCCAAGAAGAACGUUCAGGAAAAUCCUGAGGCAAAUUCUCAACAAUAUCGACAAGUUUUACAACAAGAGCUCAAUGCAGCGAAGAUCAAGUUCUGCACUAAAAGGAUCAAACUAAUCAAUGCUCGUAAGCGCUGUGUCACUAUAUCCGAACAGCUUGAGAAAGCCCGAAAAGAAUACGAGACGCUUAAAAUGGAAGGUGAAAUUUCUCAGAAUAAGUACCUGGUUCUUAGAAGCCAACUGGAGAACUUUCGGAGAAAUAUCAAGAUUCAAGGUGGCAUGGUUGAUAGUCUUCAACAGCAGUGUUACGCCCUGAAGAAAGAGUUGGACAACUCGAAAGCAAGUUGCGAGAAGGUCACUCGGGAGUUGACCGAGGUCAAGUCAAAAUGCGGAGGACUGGAGAAGAGAUUACGUCAUAAGGAAGAGGAAUGUCUUAAGACGAAGAAUGAGUUGAAUGAAGCUUUGAAGAGAGAGGAAAAAUUGAGAGUUGAAAAUACGAAAUUAAUGGAUAUUUGCAAAGCACAGGAAAUGCCUUCAGAUGAAAGCAGUUUAACCACACCCAUUGAAAGAUGAUUGAAAGAUGAUGGAACAUCAGCAGGGAUAAAAUUUGUAUAAACUAUGUUAUCAACUAAAUUUAACGAUGAUAUAUUUAAAAAACAGAUAAAUGUUUUUCAUAAGUAAAGAUGUAAAAAUAUUGAUGAA